AUGGAUAGAGUUAAGAGAAGGAAAUUGAAGUUUCCUUGCCUUUUUGGAGUGACUGAUGAAACCCCGAAAGGAAGAACAAUUCAAUCGUGGUGCCCUAAUAAUGCAACCACUGAUCACAGUUUGUUCAAGUUUCAAGUCGGAAAAAGCACUUCUAAACAGAGUAAUCAGAACAAAAAACGAUCAUCCAGUUUUUUAGCCAAACUGAUGGGCAAAAAUGGAAUUUCAUCUGCUAGACCUAUCAGCAAGCAACAAAGAAUUACAUUAGGAAAGAACAAGGUGUCUAAAUCCGACAUUCCUCCAAAAAAGAUCACGCUUCUGAAGCCAAACAACACAGAAUGUUUUAGUAUCGAAUCAGAAGUGAUAACAGUUCCUUCCAGAAUUACAUUUGGGCUGAAUGAUCGACUCACACAUUCACUAUCGAAAUUUUCAGAAGCCUCUCUUAUUAGUGAAGCUAAGAAUAAAAUGUCAAGUUCAAGUUCAACAUUUCUUCCAUCUUUUCAAGACUCAAAUCAUAGAAUGAGUGUUUGUUAUGAAGCUGAUGCUGAGGAGAAAAUAGUGGUAUAUAGUGAUCCCUUUAAUGAUGAUGUCAUGGUAGGAUAUGGGAAUUUGUAUGGGGAAAUUGAGGAAACUGGUUCAAAAAGUUUUCAGGAACCAUUGAAUGCAAAAUCAAAAGGCACGUCUCCCCUUCGGAUGUCUAGUCCUAUAGAAGACGUAUCUUCCCAUUCUGAUCACUUCAAGAGACUUGAUGCUCGAUUUCAAGAUAUCAAGAAACAACUUCAUAUCCUAAAAAUCGAGUCUCUAUCAACUCCUAUACAUACCAAAAAACGCAAUCUAGCGGAUGCAUCCACAGAGCCUGUUACAUGGGAAUCUUCAUUCUCAGCACAUAUCCUACAAUCUUCCGAUAUUAACGAAACUGCCCCUGACACCAUCCACCACCCUAGAGAUCCAAGGUUAUUCUAUCGUAUCGAAAACUGUUUUUUCGAAGGGGCAGUAUUGUCAAAAUCCGAAAAGCACCUGCUUUAUGACUAUAUAGAACACACAUUCAUUAAAAUCUCAAAGUCAAUGGUGGCACAAGGGGAAAGUCAACUGAUGCUUUCGGAAUUAAGCAUUGAAGAUCAGGUGGUUAAGGUGGCUGAAGAGAUUGAUAUAGAAGAAGGUGAAAAUUUUGUUGUAAAUAAUUAUGACAAGGAUCCUGAGUGGAUUGAAAAGAACCAAAUCAACAAUUUAGGUAAGCUGCUUUCGGAUUUAGUAUUGACUGAUUUAAUACUAGAGGUUAUAGAAAACUAGAAACAAUGAAAGUUACAAGGUAGAAAAGGAAAAAUCCGUUUUUCUAGAGCUAAAAUUACCAAAUCAAAAGCAAUCUUUCUGGAGACUUGUAGUUACUCUGGAUUUGGUUUUAUUAGCUCCAGAAAAGAACAGAAAGUUUAGAUUACAUUUAGAUCAGUAAACUCAUGAACUAACUUUGGUUUUUGGAUUUUAUGGAUUUUAUGGAUUUUUAGACGAUAUAUCUUGAAAGGUUUUUUGUCAGAUUUUAUGCCCAUUUCUAACCG